AUGGCCGGGAGCAUCUGCCAAACACGACUCCUCUCCUUAUUCGACUACAAAACGGAAAAGUACAUUGUUGCGAAAAACAAGAAAGUUGGGAUUUUGUACAGACUAAUUCAGUUAUCAAUCAUCGGAUAUAUUAUAGGGUGGGUUUUCUUAAGCAAGAAAGGCUACCAGGAGACAGAUGAGGCCAUCCAGACCUCUGUCAUAACGAAACUCAAAGGCGUUUCAGUGACUAACACCUCUGAGUCUGGUGUACUGGUGUGGGGGCCGGAGGACUACGUCAUCCCACCACAAGGUGAAGCUGUUCUUUUUGUUAUAACCAAUUUCUUAGAGACACCAAAUCAGAAGCUGGGAUACUGUGCAGAGAGCUCCAAAGUACUGAAUGGACACUGUCGAGAUGAUCAGGACUGUGACGAGGGAAAGAUUGUUGACGCUGGUCACGGAAUUAUGAGUGGUCGCUGCAUAAGAAAAGAUGAAAAUUCAACCAGUACCUGUGAAAUUUAUGGCUGGUGUCCCACUGAGAGGAAAUACAAACCACAAGGACCUCUGCUGGCAAAUGCCGAAAACUUCACCAUUUAUAUCAAGAAUUUCAUACGGUUUUCCAAAUUUGCCUUUUCAAAGUCCAAUGUUCUCAAAACAAAUGAUGACUCCUAUUUGAAGAAAUGUCGAUACGAUGAGGAGCUGCAUCCUUACUGCCCCAUCUUUCGACUGGGUGAAAUCACCAGGCGAGCUGGACACAACUUCCAGGACAUGGCUGCAUUUGGUGGCUCCAUUGGUAUAAUGAUAGAGUGGGACUGCGAUCUUGACAAAGGCGACUCCAGAUGUCAUCCACGGUACCACUUUACUCGUCUGGACAUCAGCUCAGACAAAACAGUUGCAAUGGGAUUUAACUUCAGACACACUCGCUAUUAUAAAAAUGAAGCUGGUGAGAGCUAUCGGUCUCUUUUCAAAGUCUACGGUGUUCGAUUUAACAUCAUGGUGAAUGGAAAGGCAGGCAAGUUCAGCAUCAUCCCAACAGCCAUUAAUGUAGGGUCAGGACUGGCAUUGAUGGGAGCUGGAGCUUUCUUCUGUGACAUGGUCCUUCUCUACCUAAUGAAGAAGAGCACGUCUUAUCGAGAGAGAAAGUACGAGGGAUCUGGACAAUCAACAAAAAAGACAUCUGAAGAUGAUAGUGUGGAGGACAGAAAAGACGCCACAGAGCAGGAGAAACUGGCAUUUUAAGUUUUUCAUAGUUUGUAACAUGCUUAUUUUGUCUCAAAUGUACUGAAAAAGAAAGCAGUCACAUACAUAUAAUACAUAUAAUACAUAUAAUACACAGCCUGGCCAAAAAAGUCCCAUAAGCAGUAUUUAUUUGGACCACAUUCAAUGUGAAAAUUAUGUUUCAUGUUCCCUGAAUCAUUCUCACAGUUUGAACCUGAUGAAUCCUGAUAUUGUUUAAUCUUUAUGCUUUCUAAUAAAUUGUUGUUUAAGAAAUAAGAAGCUGCUCACUGCAUCUGUUAGGGUCAAAUAACCUGUUGUAGCUGAAACAUAUCAAUCAUUGCAGUAUUUAUCCAAUGGAAGGAUCUAAACCACGCUGUUAUCCUUAAAAUUGAAAUAAUUUUGUUUUCAGACACAUUCCUCUUUUUAUUCUUAAUUAUACAUAUCAGUAAUCACCUUUGACCAGGCUUAGUGAUUACAUACUGAGCCGCCCUUACAUUUUAUCUAUCAAGAAUAAAUCACAUAGUUAUAAUCAUUUCUCGAGAAGAGGUAAAUAUAUUUUAUUCCAACUUCAUGGGCAACAGUGCAUUUGCUUAGUUGAAUCCAGUUGAGGUCUUUUUUUGACCAGGUUGUGUAUAUUUUACAGAAAUCAUUUGUUGCCAUAAAAUGAAGCAUUAUGGGCAUGAAAUAGAAGAUCUACAGUGUCAAUUUAUUUUCUGACUGAAAUCUAUUUUUAUAUGUUGUUUAAAAGAUGAAUUAAAAACUACAAUUUUAUC